AUGCAGACUUCUUCUACAAACAUUUGUUGCCACCUGUCCAAUAAGUCCAUAUGUGAAAUUUCCUUGCUACUAAAUAUUCCACAGUCAACUGUAAGUGGUAUUAUAACAAAGUGGAAGCAACUGGGAACAACAACAACUUAGCCACGAAGUGGUAGGUGACAGCAAAAUGACAGAGCGGCUCAGCACAUGCUGAAGUGCACAGUGAGCAGAAGUUGCCAAUUGUCUGCAGAGUCAAUAGCUAAAGACCUCCAAACUUUGCGUGGCCUUCAGGUAAGCACAACAGUGCAUAGAGAGCUUCAUGGAAUGGGUUUCCGAUCAGCUGCAUCCAAGCCUUACAUCACAAAGUGCAAUGCAAAGUGUUGGAUGCAGUGGUCUAAAGCACGCUGCCACUGGACUCUA